AUGAAUGGGGCCAAUGCCGCGGAACAGCCUGGUGGGGGAGGAACUCUGGCCUCCCUCUCGGCGACCGUGGCCGCUUUAGCGGAGCGUGUGUCGGAUGUUCAGGUCGAAGGCGAAGCUGAGGGGAAGCCAGACGAGCCAGACCCAUCCUUGAAGUCAACGGGGCUGAAAGAGUCUGACAAAGAUGUUGAGACAAACGUUGUUGGCGAGACGAUGUACAGCUCUGCUAGCACCUUCGAAGAGCUCGGCCUGACAAAGGAGCUGCUGGAGGGUCUGUAUAGUGAAAUGAAGUUCCAAAGGCCCUCCAAGGUCCAAGCCACAACGCUGCCCAUGAUUCUCACACCCCCCUACCGAGACCUGAUAGCUCAGGCGCACAAUGGGAGUGGCAAGACAACGUGCUUUGUGUUGUCGAUGCUCACGAGGGUGGACCCCGUGCUGCAUGAGCCGCAGGCGCUGUGUGUGUGCCCAACACGAGAACUGGUGGCCCAGAACCAGGCCGUGCUGCUGAAAAUGGGCAAGUACACUCAAUUGGAGUCCCUCAGCACUUCCACCACUGAAGAGCUGCCAACAAGCCAAAAGAUCAAGGCACAGAUCAUUUUUGGCACUCAUGGCAGGCUGAAGUUCUGGAUCAGUCGACGGAUGCUUGGUUUGGGGAAGAUGAAGGUUGUUGUGCUGGAUGAGGCUGACAACAUGUUAGAGGGACAGGGCUUUGCUGAUGACUCCUUCCGCAUGAUCCGCGAAAUUCGCAGCCAGAGCCCAAAUAUUCAGCUCCUCAUGUUUUCGGCAACAUACAAUGACGUGGUCAGGAAAUUCGCUUGCAGGAUAACAAAGGAGGCAAAUGAGGUGUUCCUUCCCAAGGAGGAGCUGUCGCUCGAAGUCAUCAAGCAAUACAGAGUGAAUGUGCCCCAAAAGGAGGACAAGGUUUGGGUACUGCUCCAGCAGAUCCUUCCAAACUGCGAGAAAUUGGGGCAGACAAUCAUUUUUGUCAGGACAAGGGAAAUGGCGAGGGUGCUGCAUGGCAUGCUGACCAAGGAUGGGUUCAAAUGCACUGCCAUAAGUGGUGAGAUGCCAUUUGACAAGCGGGACCAAGUUGUGAAUGAGUUCAGGAGUGGUGUGACAACGAUCUUGAUAUCCACAGAUGUGCUGUCCCGAGGUUUCAAUGUGGAUGAGGUCACCCUGGUUGUCAACUACGACAUACCAACAGAUCGCAAUCGCGAGCCUGCUUAUGAGACAUACCUGCAUCGCAUUGGGCGGAGUGGCAGAUUCGGACGCAAGGGUGUGGCCUUCAACCUCUGUGUCAGCAACUGGAACGAUGGGGAUAUCCUAGAUCGAAUAUCUGAAUACUUCCAGCGCCAGAUACCUGAAGUCCAGUACGAUGACGAAGAGGUAUUUUUGAAAAUUCUGAAGGAUGCUGGACUUACUGAGGGCUGA